AUCCAUCGACACUCUCUUGUUCGUACGGUUUUGUUUUAGAUUUUUUGAUCUGUCACUCUCUUAGAUCUGCAGUGCAGAUUCGUCCUUCUUUACUACCCAAGUCCACUCUCUUAUCCUUAAAGGAUUUCAAAACCCGCAUCAUCCGUCAUCGUUCAGACAUCAUAUCCCAAUCAGCACGCUUGUCUCUCUCUUCCAUCUACAAGAUGUUCUUCAAGACUGCUCUCGUUGCCUCCGUGGCUGGUCUCGCUGCGGCCCUCCCUCACACCCGUCGCCAAAACACCACUGGUGGUGGUGUCACCAUUGUCAACAACAUUGGAUCCGACGUCUACGCGUGGUCUGUUUCUGAUAGAGUCAGUAACAUGGAGACCCUUUCUGCGGGCGGCGGAUCCUACACCAGCAGCUGGCAAACCAACGACAACGGCGGUGGCAUUUCCAUCAAGCUCUCCACCACCCAGACCCAGGCCGACGUCCUGCAGUUCGAGUACACCCAGUCCGGCGACACCAUCUUUUGGGACAUGUCCUCCAUCAACCUGAGCUCCGACUCCGACUUCGUCAAAUACGGCUUCAGCGUCGUUCCCUCCUCGGGUGGCGACAACUGCCCCACCGUGACCUGUGCUGCUGGCAACGUCAACUGCGCAGAGGCCUACCAGCAGCCCGAUGACAACCAAGCUACUCACGGCUGCCCCAUUGACACCAGCUUCACCCUUACCCUGGGUUAAGGCUCUCUUCGUAAGGUGUCAAAGAGGACCCUGAAGCCAACUUGCCAACUUGCUUUGACGACGACUGCAGCCCGAGGGGCUUUGCUUUGCUUCUUUCUUCUCCUCAAUAUUUUUUACUUUCUUUGACUUCUUCUACAUGCUCAACCAUGUAGUCAUCGUCCCCACUUUGACUUCAAUGCCUAUCUGAAAACAGCGAGUGGAGUUGGAGUCGGCUAGAUCGACUCCCAACGACGCUUCUGUGCUUCUGGACGAGGUCGUUCUU